AUGUCUGGCAUUGGAGCACAGUGGACUAAGGUCGAAGAUAGCUCUGCUAACGGUGCCACAGAUAUGUGCAUAGGCUACAACUCACUUCACAACGUUCACAGUAAAGAAACGAAUACCUACCCUCACAUCGCAGACAGAAGCCGAGAUGUACCCCACGGCAAGCGCGUAUGGAACUGGCUUCUCCUCUGCGAAGACAAAACCGUAAUUUUAAUCUCCGAAGAUCCCUUCCCCUUCGCUAACGGUCCCCUAAACAAAGACGACCUCAGGACGCUCUUCACAUCCCGCCGCAACCUAGUUAACGUCUUCCGCCAACUAACCAAAGCACUAACCCCGCUCCGCGACGUAGCCCUUGCACAACUCCCCAUCUGCCAACGCCUGGGCAGCAGCGACGAAGAGACAGCGCACCGUCCCACCGACGCCCCCGGCCUCCUCUUCUACUACCUCUUCGAAGACUGGGGCGCAACCUUCGAUCUCAUUUCCCGGCGCGACCACGGCUAUGCCGCCGAACUCGACCGCCUCCGCUAG